AUGUUCUGCCCCCAUAAGAACUCGUAUCUCCAGCUAGAAUGUGCUAUGGAACCGAGGGUCAUCAACAAGGCUGUUCGAAGAGCUAUGAGGAAGAGCCAAAUUGACCCUCAUGAUGAAAAGCCAGCAGCGCAAAGGCUGACCUCUUCGCAACCAUCUCUGUACGCACCCUGGGUGGACAUAACCAGGGCGAAAAUCGGUUUCGGACGCCGAGGACUACGCAUUCUCAACCGAGAACUCAACUCAGAUGAUCCAUUGAUACAAUUGCAAGCUGUUAACAGUAUUUAUGAUCAGGUUUAUAUAUCGGAGAGCGCAUUGUUUCUCAUCAGUUUAAACGUCGUCUAUAGACUUAUUAAAUUGAUAGAGCAUAGUGACGCCACGCUGCGGGAGAAGGUGAUCCUUAUCCUAACUCGACUUGCUAAUUACUAUCAGGGCAAGAAGCAGAUCUUGUCGAGACCAAUAAUCAUCGAUCGCAUUGUAGACAUAUUUUUAGAAGAUUGCAAAGAAAUACGAUACGCUGCUGCGUUCUUGCUCAAAACUCUGACAAGGGGUGAAUACGCUUGUGAAGUUAUCUUAAAGAAUACAAGAGUCGUGGAGGUUCUUUUAAAGGUAAUGCUAAAUGACCAUAUGACUAUCGUCGUAUUUUAUUUGAAUGCACUCAAAAACUUAGCGGAGUAUGACCAAGAGAGACCCCUGAGAGCUAACGCAUUUCAAGUGAUGCGAAAUUUUAUGAAAGUACACGAGCCGAGAAUCGUGACCGCUGCAAUGGAUUGCAUGACGCAACUCUGCAAACACCCCGUGGGCAAAGCCUUAGCCGACCAGUACGACAUUAUAAAAGCCAUAAAAGUUCUUCUGUUAGCUUCUAAUGUGGAGGUAAUAAUAUGCGCUGUCGGAUUACUGAACUACGUAACUAUAACAAACAUGUCGAAAUGGCGAUCGAAAGAGCUACAGUGGGACUUGGUCAAGCGUUUGGUAGAUUUGGCCGUGUCCAGUAAUUUGCCAUCGCUGCAGUUACGAUCAUUGCAAGUGCUCAUCAACUUGUGUGAAAGCCCUGACCUGCAUCAUCACAUAGGAAGUAUUUGGAGAGACAAAAUAAGCAGCAUACAGGUGAAGACGCAUGAACAAUGGGACGGUACCACGACCACUACAACUUUUGGGCUGGAGACUGGUCACAACUACAGAACUAUGUGUAUCGAGGAUGUGGAGACGAUAAGGAACGAUGAAGGUGACAAUGCUGAGGUUAUGAAUGCACACAGCUUCUUGCAACGAGUUAGGGAUGCAAAGCAACGACUGUUAGAUGCUAUUGACAGACGGCCAUAUAAGUAA